AUGGCGUGGAGACAACAAGGAAGUACAGGAUCGAACAACAUCCCUUUGGGCAACCGUCGUAGAUUCGGCGGCGAAAGCGCCUCUCCUUCUCGCGACGAUGGAGGCUACAAUCCUACACAACCGAGCGGAAAUGGCGAUGCCCCAUCUUACAAACGUGGUCGCAGCCCAGUUCGAGCCAAAGAAGAGAUUGCGGACGAUGGAUCGCGCCGUCGCAAGAAGAGAAAUCGUUGGGGCGAUGCUACUGAGAAUAAGGCUGCAGGAUUGAUGGGCCUCCCAACGGCUAUUAUGGCCAACAUGACAAGCGAACAGCUCGAGGCAUACACGCUUCAUUUGCGUAUUGAGGAAAUCAGUCAAAAGCUACGAAUCGAUGAUGUGGUUCCAGCAGAUGGAGAUAGAUCACCUUCUCCUCCACCUCAGUAUGACAACUUCGGUCGCCGUGUUAAUACAAGAGAGUUCCGUUAUCGCAAGCGCCUCGAAGACGAGCGCCACAAGUUGAUUGAAAAGGCUAUGAAAGUCAUUCCUAACUAUCACCCACCGCAGGACUAUCGUCGUCCAACUAAGACGCAGGAGAAAGUUUAUGUGCCUGUCAAUGAUUAUCCAGAGAUUAACUUCAUUGGUUUACUUAUCGGGCCUCGUGGAAACACUCUGAAGAAAAUGGAAACAGAAUCGCAGGCCAAGAUCGCUAUCCGUGGAAAAGGAUCCGUCAAGGAAGGAAAAGGCCGUUCUGACGCAGCUCACACUAGCAACCAGGAAGAGGAUCUUCAUUGUCUAAUCAUGGCCGAUACCGAGGAAAAGGUUAACAAGGCGAAGAAACUCAUUCACAAUAUCAUCGAGACUGCCGCGUCUAUACCCGAAGGCCAGAACGAACUGAAACGCAAUCAGCUUCGCGAGCUCGCCGCCCUGAACGGUACUCUUCGAGACGACGAAAACCAAGCCUGCCAAAACUGUGGUCAAAUUGGGCACAGAAAAUAUGACUGUCCCGAGCAAAGAAACUUCACAGCAAAUAUCAUCUGCCGUGUCUGUGGAAAUGCUGGGCACAUGGCUAGGGAUUGUCCAGAUAGGCAACGUGGCGCAAACUGGCGCAAUGAUGGCCCUGGCGCAGCUCCUGGUCCCACCGCUGGUCAUAUUGGCACUGGGGACGCUGUCGAUCGAGAAACUCUCUGGUGGUGGCCCAGCAAACCCGGAAGCUGCUCGACGUAUCGAAGCUGGACCUGGUGGCUACGACCAGGGUCCUCCACCAGAUGGUGA